GAAUCCUUCCUCAUCUUCUCCCAACCCAUCCCUUCCGCCAACCUGGGCAUCAUCGAUUCCCGGGCCUCCUCCGUCGAGGUGUCUAUCCACGGCCAGGAUUACACCGUCCAUCAGUCCCCGACGCUGCUGUCCUCCGCUCGCGCCGGCGGCACGACCGGUGCAGUCCUCUGGAAAAUCACCCCUCUCUUCGCCGAGUGGAUCUCCACGCGGUCAUCUAAUCCUCUCUGGGCCCAAUCCCUCCUCUCGUCGUCCUCCACCGUCGUCGAGCUCGGAUGCGGCAUCUCCGGCCUGAUGGCCCUCACCCUGGCCCCGUGCGUGCGGCACUACAUCGCCACGGACCAGGAAUACGUGCAGCGGCUACUGCGCGAGAACCUGGAAACCAACGCCUCAGUGUCGUCUUCGGCGCGAACCACCGCCUCGGCAAAGUCCAAGGGCAAGAAACAGCCCCCGAAGCAGAAAGCCAAGUCAAAACCCACGUCCUCGUCCCCGACUCCCGCCAAUAUCACAUUCACCACGCUGGACUGGGAAACCGACAUCCCGAGCUCCCUCAAGGAUAGCAUCGAGAUAGACGCCCCAUCCGACGAUGACCAGGACGCCGAGGACAAGGGCUUCGACCUCCUCGUCUCCUGCGACUGCAUCUACAACGAAGCCCUCGUAGCUCCCUUCGUCCGCACCUGCGCCGAUAUCUGCCGUCUACGACCCGUCUACCGGGAAAGUGGCAGUGGCAGCGGCGACGGCGACGGCUCUCGGCCCCCCACGAUCUGUCUGAUUGCGCAGCAGCAACGGUCGCCCGAUGUCUUCGAGGCGUGGUUGCGCGAGACGAUGCGCUUCUUCCGUGUCUGGAGAGUCAGUGAUGAAAUCGCUGGGGAGAGACUGCGGUUGGGGUCGGGGUAUCUGGUGCAUUUGUUGCUGUUGCGGGAGGAUGCUGCGGGGGUGGUUUAG